CAGAACUAUUAUCUAAGGAGUUGCCAGGAAGCACAAGAAAACUUGAGCUCCAUUAUUGAGGAGCAGCGAUUUGACUCCCUCUCCAACUCCAAUCUUCCCCAAACGAUGGCAAGUUGCAGGAUCUGAAGCCCAGAGAGACUGCGGAGAUGGCGAAGCAGAAGAGUCCGAGCCGGGUGGAACCCCAGAAGCUUAGGUCGGUGCUGCUUGGGGGAUGCUUCCUGUUGUCGAUGAUCCUUCUUGUGGUGUACACCAGCUACGUUGUUUCUUUCUCCAACCUGAGUUUCUGGCGUUCGAAUCGAGCUGCUGCUCCUGUUCCCAAGGCGGAAGCAAAGAUCGCAACUACUCAUCAAGCAGAUGUGAGGUACCAAAAGGAGAAACUACCAAGCAAUCCUUUCUGUGAUUUUUCAAACAGAAGAAAUGACUAUUGUGAGAUGGAGGGUGACAUUAGGAUCCAUGGAAACUCUUCCUCCAUCUUCUUUGUUGCUUCCUCAAAUGUGAAUGCUACAAAAUUACAAGAAUCAUGGAAGUUAAAGCCUCAUCCUCGAAAGGGAGAUGCCAGAGCUAUGGCUCGUGUCACGGAAAUGUCAGUGAAAACUUUGUCUACUCGUGAUGCUCCUAAAUGUGCUGUGCAUAGCUCAGUUCCAGCAAUAGUCUUCUCAACUGGUGGUUACAUGGGGAACUUCUUCCAUGACUUCACUGAUAUACUUAUCACUAUCUUUACAACAUCACAACAAUUCAACGGCGAAGUUCAGUUUCUGAUAAGUGAGAUUCUUCCAUGGUGGAAUGAGAAGUACCAAAAGAUACUCAAAUCUCUCACUAAUUAUGAAAUAAUUGACUUCAACCAGGACCAGGUAGUUCGAUGCUAUCCUCAUGUUAUCGUGGGUCUUAAGUUUCACAAGGAGAUGAGCAUUGACCCCUCAAAAUCGCCUUAUGGUCUUACAAUGGUUGAUUUCGGACGAUUUAUCAGGAAGUCUUUUGCACUGGAGAGGGACAUGGCAAUUAAACUAGGACCAGAUCAAGGUAAGAAGCCUAGAAUUCUAAUUAUUGCAAGGAAGUGGACGAGGAGAUUUGCCAAUGUUGAUGAAAUAGUCAGAAAUGCGGAAGAGAUGGGCUUCGAAGCUGUUGUUGCAGAGGCAAAGCUUAACUUGAUUGAAUUUGCACACAUAGUUAAUUCAUGCGACGUGAUGCUGGGAGUUCAUGGUGCUGGGCUAACUAAUCUUGUCUUCCUUCCAACCAAUGCAGUAGUAAUCCAAGUUGUUCCUUUGGGCGGAUUGGAGGGCAUAAGUUGGAUCGACUUUGGACUGGCUACCAUAAGCAUGAAGAUGCAUUAUAUGCAGUAUACUAUAAGUCUAGACGAGAGCACACUGACAGAGCAGUUUGCUAGAGGCGAUCCGGUGCUUUCUGAUCAGAAGGAAGCUUACAAGAAACAUGGGUGGGAUCGAAUGAUCGACUUAUACUUUGCCAAACAAGGAGUGAAGCUUGAUAUGGGGAGGUUCAGCAGUACCUUACUACAUGCCCUUGAGCUUCUUCGUCAAGAGUAGAUAGAUGAAUCGGUUCGAAGCUCUCUUUGCCUUGAUUAAUUAAUUUGUGAACUUUGUAUUUUUCUUUAUAUAUUUACAUAAACAUGAAGUUUCUUCAGUAUUUUCACAGAAAAAAAUGAAUAUAUAAAUGCCAGUGAUUGCCCAA